AUGGCGGCCGAAGAGGACUACUUCGGUUCCGAUGAUGACUUCAAUCUCGAUCAGCUGCAGGAGAUCGAAAACGCGGCUUUGCUCGCGUCGCUGACCCAGAAACAACAGAAGGCUGAACAACUUCAACCUCAAUCUCAACCACCUCCACCAAUCCAGCAGCAGCAGCGACAGCAACAGCAGCAACAGCAACCUCCCAAGAAUCCUUAUCAAAUCUCCUCAAAGGCAGCAUCCUACAAUUCUAACCGUCAGAAUGCGACUCAAUCGCACCAUCCCGGGCCGAAUAGACCAUACGCAAACCUUACCUUUCAACCACCAAGACCUGCUCCACCACCAGCUCCCAAAAACCUGUCCGCGGAGGAACAAGAAGUCCGUGCCGCCUAUCUCGCUCGAAAUCAAGAACGUCAGCGAUUACGGCAGCAACAGCAGGAUGCGUACCUUGCUCAACAGCGACAGGCCGAACAGCAACCUAAUCCCACACAGCCGCAGCAGCAGCAGUCUCAUGCACAAACGAUAGCACAGCAACAGGCAUACAUCAACGAACAACGUCAAACCCAAUUAUCACAGACUUACACCCACCGUCAACGACAAUUACAACCUAGGAGUUCAUAUCGACAACCUACGCCUUCAUACAUCACUCAGCCGACUCUACCAAGUACUCCUGGUGACCGGUCACGAUUCCAAAAUUCCACAAAACGUCCUCUCCCAGGUGCAAACCAGGCCACGAAUGGUACUGCGAAAUCUGCCGUACCCACAAAUAUCGCCAGACCUGAAGAAUACGCCAAUUAUGAUCAAGCCAAGGAAUUAUGGGAUACCGGUGCAGCUACCGAAGUAGUCGUUCAGGAAGCGGCGAGGGGAACAGCUGCACUUGAAGCAUCGGCUUUAGGAACCUCUGCCUUUGGCACCUCCGCUUGGAUCAGUAGUAAUGAGCCAACGUUGGGAAAAACCGCUACAUUGCCCCGAGUCACUAAUCAUGACAUGGUGGAUUAUGAUGCGGUCGCUGAAGCAGGCGUUACUAGAGCUGGAGACAGUGCGGCUAUGGAUGUCGAUGGAGGGAAAGGGUUGACGGCACAUGAUAUUGAAGAACUUGAGGCGCUAAGGAAGGCUGCACAGCAACUGUUGCUUGAGAAGGAUGAGUUACAAAAGAAGUUAAAACAAGCGACUGUGGAUGUGCAGACUAAGACUGGCGAGAAUAUGCUAUUGCGAAAGAAGAUCGAGAAAGCCGAGACGGAACACCGGUCUGAAGUCGAUGCCAUAAGGUCUUACGCCCAACAGAAAUCCGAUAAAGCGGACGAAGAGAUGGCAAAACUACGAGCAGACGUGGUGAAGAUGCAAGCCGACCUCGAGUUCGACAGGAACGACCAGCAAGCAAUGCAUAGGGAGUUAAAACAGUAUCAAGAGAAGGAUAAGCAACUACCCAAAUCUGUGAAAGAUACGAUGGGUCUUCAAACGCCCCGGAAAAAUAGGAUUACAGAGCUAUGUGACGGAUUCGAUGCAGACGAAGCCGGUAUGGUUCGGAGUAGCCCUCCGGUCGGUAUGCCUGGUAGUCGGGGUCGAAGAACGCCAUCGAAGAGUGCGAAGCGGAAGAGAAAGCCGAAUGAGUCGCCUAUGAAGCAUUCGCAGACUCUGAUGCUGCCGAUAUUGCAGUCCGGGGGUAACUCACAGAGAUCUAUGAUGAUGGAGUCGGGUGCCGAGCCUGAAGAAGAAGACUUUGAUGCCAUGAUUGAUAAAAUGACACUUGAAGAGCUGGGAUUGGGGAAUGAUGAUAGACAACAGUUUCUUGAAAACAUCUUGUCUUUUAAGCCCAAUGAAGGGCAGAUGACGAUAUUGGAAAUUUUGGAGAACUAUCAUUUCCCUUCAGAAGCCGGGACAUCAUUAGCCGCAUUAUUUAUGGAGAAUGUCCCUCAGGCAGAUGUGGACUCUCAAUACGGUGAAUUUCCGGCGAAGAUCUGCAGCAUUCUUAUCGCUUUAUGGGACCGGUGUUAUACGGAAAAGUUUUUUGAGCCGUUAUCAUUGUUGUUGGGCUUUUUACAUCAUGUUAUAGACUGCGAUUUUGGGGAGCAGUUGUUUCCAAUAAUAUUAGAGCCUUUCGUGGAAGUUCUCCAGAAGACCGUUAUGCUUAACUCGUUAGAGCGGUUUAAGGGUCGUUACGACCGGAUCAAUCCGCUCGUUGAUGUCGAAAAAUGCCUGCGAAUAUUCGAGACAGUAGCAUUAGGGGUCCUGAUUGAUGAUGACCUUAAUAGACAUUUCUGGGCUCUCAUUCAGCCGGACUUCAUCGCCCCAUUUAUGACAUACAACCAACCAAUGUCUCAUAUCCGUCUGAUCCUUAAUACGUUGCCAUCCUCGGUAUCGUCGACCUCAUACGGUCCAAUCUCUCCGGACCCGCUUCAACAAAAGGAUUAUGAGAGAGUAACAUUAAUACAUGCUUCGUUCCUUCUAACCACAGAACCCAAAGCGGAUCCAACAGUCCACCCUGGUCAUCGUCGCGCGGAGAUUCUAUCUAUUCGCUCCGCCAUCCUUACAUUCUACUCAUGCAUAGCGUCUACAACCCACGGCAUAACAAGUCUAGUAACGAACUCCAACUGGCAAGCGUUAAGCCGUAUAAUCGUGCGGCUACACCACGAGCUAGAGGAAGUCUACGAAGACCGGUACGGGAUUGAAAACUCUGUAAAGUUUAUAAACAACGGAGUAUCAUUCAUACACAGAGUUUUAAAGUUACAGACGAGUAAUGAUGAUAUCGAACGGAUGUUGGGGAGUACUGCGCAUAACGGGAACGGAUAUAAACACCUAGUUGUUUUUGCGAGAGUGGCGUUUGUAAAAGAUGGGGAUUAUUUGAGCAGAGCGGGGGUAUUGCCGGAGACGGUCGAGAUGGCGAUGGAAGUACUUGAGGGGAGUGUGACUAUGGAACAAGGAGACGAGAUUUGGGGGCUGUUUAAGGGGAGAGAAGAUGUUAGUGUUGGGGGGGACUCGAUGACGGAGAGUAUGUUGGAGGGGGACAGGGUCUUGAGGGAAGAGGAGAUGAAGAGGUGA